AAUGACACAAGAGAUAAAAACUCAAAUAAGUACCAAACCUCGCCACAUAACAAUCCUAUUUUUACUCCACAUUACAUCAUCCAGCUUUUGGCAAAACCCGCAUAUCCGCAUCCUCCUGCCAAAGCCCCCUCCCGAAUUAACCCGUAACCAGGUCAAGAUCCCCCAACCACCCCAGCACACUGCCCCAAAACCCCAUUCCCCACCCCCAACUGUCACAGUUCAAAUCUCCCGCUACUAUCGAUCUGACACCCGGCCGGCUGAUUCGUCCACGUGAACACUCGGAAUAUUCCAGACGCAGUUUGUUUAUUUUGGUUUCGGUGCGCACAAAUUUCCUCAAAAACCUGCAUCAAAACCCUCAAAAAUGGGGACUUUUGAGAAACUCAAAGAGCUGGACCUCUCCCGCGACGAAGUGGAGCGUCUGGGGGCCGCCCUCAAGAAACCCGAGUUCCGCCAACUCCUCGCUGACUACGUGCACGAGGUGCAAAACCCCGAAAACCGGAAGCUGUACGAAGCGGAAAUCACGCAACUGGAGCGCGAGCGCGGCGUCGCCGUCACCUUCAUCAACCCCAGCCCCGGCUACGUCCUAAAGACCAGCGAUGGGGUCCGCAAGUGCUUCAUCAACGUCUGCUCCUGCGAACUCAUCGACAGGCCCACCUCGGCCCCCAUGGACAAGGACGGGGCGCGCGGCCUCCAGUGGCGCCUGCCCCACUCGCUGACGCCCCCACGGGAGGACUUGGACAACAAGAAGGCCCGGUGUGAGGUCUAUGAUGUGGUGUUCCACCCCGAUGUGAUACACAUGGCCCAGAAAAACCACCAGUUUCAGGAAAUUGUCAACAAGACGGCGUGUGACGCCGUCGAGGCGAAUUUCGAGGUUACGUUGGACAAGAAGAAUCUUAAGUUCCCCAAGUUGGGGUACAAGGGGGCCCCUCAGAGCGCCAUAAUCCGGAAGCCAAUCAAGGAUUUUGUCCCGAGGGAGAUGGAAGAGACUGAGCGACAAUUCUACGAUAAAAUCUAUGAAAACGCCGAUCAAAAACCGAAAAAAACAAAUGUGAAACGAAACGUUAAGAAGUGUGCCGAAGGCAACUCGAAUUACACGACCCCCAAAUAUGUGAUAAAACACCGGAGUCACGUCGACGUGCAGGACUGCGUCGAGGACAAAUUCGCAAGACUCAACCUGACGAUCCCUCGGGAACUCAUCGUUGAGAUCAACUUGCCCUUGCUCAAAGCCUCCUCCGACAUCACGCUCGACGUGACGGAAAAAACAGUACAACUAACCAGUGAGAAGCCUUCCAAGUACAAACUCAACCUGACCCUCCCCUACAGGGUGAACCAAGACAGCGGUUCGGCCAAGUUCGACAAAGACCUGAAGAAGCUCAUAAUCACGUUGCCGGUGAAACGGUGCGAGUUGCCGCGCGACGACAGCGGCGUCGAGAGCGACCCCAGCCCCCACUCCGAGGACGACGUGAUCGAGGCGAAGACGCCCAGUUUUAGUGACUUUCGGACUAAUUCGUGCGACUACGAACUGCCCGACUUCACCUGUCACCUCUUCGACAAAACCCUGGCGUUUACCCUAAACGUCCGAAACGUGUCGCAAGACUCGAUCGAAAAGCAAGUCACGUGCGACUCGCUCCACUUGAAGUUUGCCAGUCUCAGCUCGAGUUUUUUCGAGUCGAAUUACGCGUUUUACGUCCGGAUUGACUCCGGGCUCGACCCGGAGAAACUCUCCGUUGAGACGUGGGAUAAUAACGUUGUGGUCCAAAUCCCGGUCAAUUGUGAUAACCUUGAGUACUAUUAUUACGGCCUAAGUGAGCACGACUUGCGCAAGAAGUAUAUCGAGGAGCCCUCGGUGCUUAACAGCGUUUUGCAAAGCCCGAUCCCGGAGGAGCCGGAGCCGGAACCGGAGGAGUCGGUGACGCCGGCGAUUAAUAUUGCGAAUUCGUACGAAUCGAGCGGCGAUGAAUUGAGUUGUAGUUUUAGUCCCAGGAAGGGCCGGGGCAUUUUGAAGCGUUUGCCCAAUAGAAGUGUGUCGGAGUCGAGUCUGGACGAUAUGGUGGCGUCGUCGAUCGAUGAUGGGGAAAUGUCGACCAGUUUGAAGAAGACAGUGCGGUUUAAUGAUGUGAUAAUGAGGCAAUUGUAUCGCUCCAAUUCGAGUAUUUUGGGGCAGAAGAAGAAGAAUCAGCGGAAGGCGAGGAACAAGAAGAGGGCGCAAGAGAGGAGACAUAGUGAGAGUGAAGCGUCGGAGAAGGAGGAUGAGAAGAGGGAGGAAAAGAGUGAUUAUAUUCAUAGUGAUAUUUUCGAUAUGGAUUUGGGGGUGUAGAUGUGAUAUUUUGAGGUUUUAUUAUGUUCCCAGUGAAGUCAUUUGUACUUUUUACAUGUUGCUUUAGAAUUGUAGCGUAUGAUUUAUUAAAUAAAAAUUUACGAGAAA